GCGGACCAGUACCGGGAUGGAGAUGGGGCUCAGCAGCGGGAACAGCUGGGUUUCGGCUCCGCCAGGGAACACCCGCCCGUUACCAUGGCGACUGCAUCCCCAGGUGUCACAGGCUCGUCACAUCUCUUUGACUACGGCUCCACUGCCAACGGAGGGGACAACUCCUUCUACACCUCCCUGAUCUCCGAUGUCCACUACACCACCCCGCGGGACUCCACCUAUUUCACGGGCAUCUACCAGCAGGAAAACACCCCCAUUCCCUGUUCAGGCAGCACGGAGGGCUUUAAUGCUCUGGGGCAUCCUGUUCAAGAUGUGACUGGGUUUGAGUCCCGUGGGCUGUUUAGCUCAGACUCGGGAAUAGAGAUGACUCCUGCAGAGUCUACUGAAGUCGACAAAACCUUAGCAGAUCCCAUGAAAGUAGAAGCUUACAAAUACAUGGACAUGAGUAGAUCAGAAGAAAUAAAGUACCAAGAAAAACAUGACUCUGACUCAGAAGAUGAGAGCCCAGACCUUAGUGAUAAGUACCGGGGAACACCCGCAGGGUCCAGCCACGUCGCUGAACCUCCGCGGACGCCUUCAGAGAGCACGAAGGCAGCCAAGGAACAAGACCUGCUGGAAGACAGAAAGUCUGGGGGUCAGCACAGUCCCUCUGUGGCUACAGCCCCCAUCAAGAUCACACUCACUGAGACAGAAAGCACCAAGGAAUCUGCCAGCAAAGAGCCGAGCCCGACUCAGCCGGACACGGGCCUGAAGCCGAGCCACGAGGUGGUGCCCAUGGUGACGGUGUCGGAGCCAGAGGAUGACAGCCCAGGAUCCGUCACACCACCCUCCUCUGGCACAGAACCGUCCGGCUCAGAGUCUCAGGGCAAAGGCAGCCUGUCGGAGGACGAACUGAUCAGUGCCAUCAAGGAAGCAAAGAGCUUUUCCUUCGAGCCCCCGGAGGCUCAGCGGCCGGCGGCGGCUCCGGUGGAGGAGCGGGAGCAGCGAGCCAAGCCCGGCCGCGCCGCCGCCUCCUCGCACGCCGACAACGACGGCAGCAGCGCCGAGUCCGGCGAUUCGGAGAUCGAGCUGGUCUCGGAGGACCCCCUGGCUGCCGAGGAGGUGCUGCACUCCAACUACAUGACCUUCAGCCACAUCGGGGGGCCGCCUCCGUCGCCCGCCUCUCCCUGCAUCCAGUACAGCAUCCUGCGGGAGGAGCGGGAGGCGGAGCUGGACAGCGAGCUCAUCAUCGAGUCCUGCGAUGCCUCCUCGGCCUCCGAGGAGAGCCCCAAGAGGGAGCAGGACUCCCCUCUGAUGAAGCCCAAGGUCAUGGACAUUAUCAAGGAGGAGAACAACUCGCGCACCGACGCCAAUACAUACGAGGCCAGUAAAAUGACGGAGAGCAGGAUGAACAGGGAGAACCUGGCAGAGUCCUCGUCCUACCUGAAAAGCUCCUUUGUUGCACCAAAAACAAGCGCUGAGCCCCCGACCUCUGCCGUCAGCACCGAGGAGCUGAAAGAAAGAGUAAUCCUGAAGAAACCCAUUGAAGAAACUGUUGUUAACCAAAGUAAAGUGUCUUCCAAGGACUUGGGCAAAAAAAGUCCUCUGGCCUCGUUCCUACUGCCGUUUUUAAAUAAGCAGAAAGCUAUCGACCUGUUGUACUGGCGUGACAUCAAGCAGACAGGGAUCGUGUUUGGCAGCCUCCUGUUGCUGCUCUUCUCCCUGACCCAGUUCAGCGUCGUCAGCGUCGUGGCCUACCUGGCCCUGGCAGGCCUCUCGGCCACCAUCAGCUUCAGAAUCUACAAAUCGGUCCUACAGGCCGUGCAGAAGACGGACGAGGGCCACCCCUUCAAGUGA